AUGUGGCUUUGCUUUGGUUACGGGUUAGCCUUGCUGACACUAGGUGCUGCUCUUAGUAAUUUUGUCGACAACUAUGAACAGCUCAAUUAUCCAACGAUUUCGAGUGCGAGACGGAAACGAUCGCUCAGUAAUUAUGGGCAGCCGAUAAAAUUCAAUUUUAACUCCUAUAAUAGGACUUUUCGCAUUUCUCUUUUACCGGUAGAUGAUGUUAGUUCACCAUUUCACGACUCUCAUUUUAUUGAUGAGGAUGGAAAAUGGCUAGAUAUCGAUCCGCCAAGCUUUCUCUAUGAUGGAUUUGUUGAAGGUGAUCCACAUUCGAAAGUUUAUGGAUCAAUUUUGGACGGUGUCUUUGAGGGUCAUGUACAUACUGGAGACGGACAUUCGUUCACUAUUGAUAAGGCGGCAAAAUAUUUUGAUAUGGAUUCGCGACCUACUCAUUACCAUUCGAUCAUUUAUCAUGACGAUGAAAUUAAUCACAACAAAAUGAGGAUGAAACGUGAUGCAUUGUUGAAAGAAGCAACACCAAAUCUUCAUGGAUGUGCUCUAGAUGAACCCACAAGGAAGGGUAUGGAAAGGGUUCAAAGAUCAGCGGAACCAUCAAAUUACUACCAUCAACACAACAUGCGAACGAAACGAUCACUUCAAAAAGACGACAAUGGACUUUAUAACGUGCGCACAUGCUCGCUCUAUCUUCAGGCCGAUCACAAGUUGUAUGAGCAUAUUCGAAUGAAAGAAGGAAACAAAGAUCCUAUCAGAACACGAGAAGAAAUCGUCAGUCUUUUCUACAACCAUAUCAAGGCUGUCAACGAGAUCUACGAGGGAACUGAUUUUAACGGGAUUCGUGGUCUUCAUUUUGUUAUUCAACGAACCUCGAUCUACACUCCUGAUUCAUGUUUGAAUGGUCGUGCAAAAGAAGGUGCGGACAAUCCGUUUUGCGAAGAAAAUGUGGAUGUUUCAAACUUCUUGAAUUUGAACUCUCAGAAGAAUCACUCUGCUUUCUGCCUUGCUUAUGCACUCACAUUCCGUGACUUUGUUGGUGGUACACUUGGUCUCGCAUGGGUGGCAAGUCCUCAAUUCAACACUGCUGGUGGUGUUUGUCAAGUUUAUCAGCGGUACAACGAAGGACCUCGCGGUUGGGUGUUCCGGAGUUUGAAUACGGGCAUCGUUACACUUGUUAAUUAUGGAAAUAGGGUACCUGCACGAGUUUCUCAGUUAACGCUGGCCCAUGAAAUUGGACACAAUUUUGGUUCACCGCACGAUUUUCCGGCAGAAUGUCAACCAGGAUUACCGUUGGGAAACUUCAUCAUGUUUGCCUCUGCUACCUCGGGAGACAAGCCAAAUAAUGCUAAAUUUUCGUCAUGCUCAAUCAAUAACAUUAGUAGUGUGUUGCAUGUGGUUCUUUCUUCUGUGCCCGUGGAUCCAACAAAGUAUUCUGGACCAGUCGGACCACUAACAAAGCGCAAUUGUUUCCAAGAGCGGACAUCGGCAUUCUGUGGAAACCAAAUUCAUGAGCCUGGAGAAGAAUGUGAUUGUGGCUUUUCACAGGCAGAUUGCGACCAAAUGGCUGAUCGAUGUUGUUAUCCUCAUGAGGGUCGUCUAUCUGGACUUGGUACUCCUUGUAGAAGAAAACCUGGGGCUAAAUGCUCUCCUUCCGAAGGUUUCUGUUGUAAUGGGGAAUCAUGCUCACUUUUCAGCGAAAGAGACUUCCGAGUUUGUCGACAGGAAUCCGAGUGUAGUGAACCACAAACAUGUGACGGUCGAUCAGCACAAUGCCCACAAAGUCGCCCGAAAAUUGAUGGACUACCUUGCCAAGAUUCUACAAAAGUUUGCUCCGGUGGGUCUUGCAACGGAUCGAUUUGUGAAGCGGUCGGCUUACGCGAUUGUUUCCUCACGGAAGGAAGACCCGAAGAACUUUGCUUCUUGGCAUGCCUCAAGGAAGGAAAAUGCAUAUCAUCUGUUCUACUGCCAGAGUUUGCAAGUGAUAGACGACAGUAUCUUCAAUCUGGUCGACAAGGAAAAGCAGGAUUAAGCUUGCACCCUGGUAGUCCGUGCAAUAACUACAAAGGCUAUUGUGACAUUUUCCGCAAAUGUCGAUCUGUUGAUGCAAAUGGACCAUUAGCACGGCUGAAGAAUCUUCUAUUCAACAAGCGUACUUUUGAUUCAUUAUCACAAUGGAUCCAGGAACGUUGGUGGGCUGUAGUGCUGGCUGGGCUUGCCUUGUUGAUCUUCAUGGCUCUUUUUGUCAAGUGCUGCGCUGUUCACACGCCUUCGACAAAUCCGAACAAACCACCGCCGCUCAACAUUUACCAAACACUUACUCGUCCAACAACUUUAAUUCGACAACGACGAAGACAGCAACAAGGAAAUCGUCCGCCUGGGGCUGGCGGAGGCCCUCCCGGUCUAAACGCCCCUGGGAACAGGAGUUCAAGGCCAACGGCACCACCAAUGCCGCAACAACCACCAAUUCCUCUUGUGCCAACUGGGCCUUCAAGUGCGCCAGCAGUGAUUGUUGUCGAACCACCGCCCCCAUACACAGCGGCCGCAGAUCCAGGCUCUGCACUUGGUGGCCCACCUCGUGGACAUAGAAAGAACAAACGACAAACGGCUGCUGAUGCAAAGCCUAACGCCAAGAAGCCAUCUCCAAAAUCAAAAGCAACUCCGAGUAGAAACAAAAGUCCAAUGCAAGGACAUGUUUUCAAAAUCUUGAAAGCUUUUCAUGUGCUCUUUUUCUUAAAAAAAAUCUUUGCGAAACACAUCAAAUUGCCGCUAUUAGAGCCGUCUCGAAUUGGAGCAUUUAUUGGACCAAAAGGCUUCAAUCUCAGAUCAAUUGAAGAAAAAUAUGACGUACAUCUUCAUUUUAAACCCGAACAAUCACUCGAAAUUAUCGGCCCAACUGACAAAGCAGUCGAACUUGGUGAAAUCGCCGUAGAAAAACUCGUGCUAGGUCUCUUUGCUACUGGGUGCUCACAUACCAUUGCUAUACCAUCGAAAAUGAUUGGAUUUUUGAUUGGAUCUAAGGGAAAAACGAUCACCGACAUUCGAACAAGAUCCGGUGUUAAAAUUGAAAUCCUGGGCAAGCGAGAAAAGAAAGCCGAAGAAAGCAAUACAGCAAUUCGACAAGAAAAUUCAACUCCAGCAAAUUUUGUUGAUGAGAAUGGACUUGAAUUUACACGUGUUAUAAUUUACGGUGAUUACGCGAACAUUCGUAUUGCUUUAACGAUGAUAUCGGGUCAUCUUGGAGAUUUUGGCAAAGAAUUUGUUCACAACAAUACAAAGAAAAUGGAAUUUUUCGAGCAUUGGAAUGAAGUGAAAGAGUGCAAU